AGCACAACAGCACAGACAGAAAACACAACAACCACAACACAAUACACUUUUUAAAGCCAACUCGAAUUGCCAAACUAUAAUACGGCGACAGCAAUUAGAAUACAAAACCGAGCAUUCCACAACAAUGCGAGGUCGCAAAUAGGGCUUAGUCUAGAGGCCAACACUGCAACGUCUUCUUCAGCUGGCAAAGUGCGUUAAAAAUUUAUUGAUUUGCAGUGCAUUUUGCAAUUAAAUAUUAAUCGACCUACAACUAGUGUUGUUGAACAAAUACAAGCAGGACUUUUCCUAAUUUUACUUUGUUAAUAUUUGGAUGUGUGCAACAAUAGCAACCACAACUUGCCAAAAUUAAAAUGGCCAACAAAGCUGCUGGCGCUGCUGCAAAGUUUAACAAACUUAAAUAAAUAUUAACAAAAGCAGAAAAAACUCGUGCAAAACUUAGCAACAACAACAAAAGUAAUCUCCAAAAUUAUACGGAGCUGUGUGUUUGUGUGUGUGAGUGGCGUUUUCGGGGCGCGGCGCCAGCUGCCAAGGUGCGUAAUGCGCGUGUGAGUGUGUGUAAGAGUGAGUGUGUGUGUGUGUGUAUAAACAAAACAAAGUAACAGGCAAGCAGUAACAACAACAACAAGUACUACAUACAAAAAGCACUCACUGUAAAUUGUAACAACAACAACAACAGCACUAGCACAAUGGCCAGUCGCAGUCGCGCCAUAUUAAAUGUUAAUCUCGAUACGGUCAUGGCCAACGAUCCAUUGCGUGAGCUCUUUGAGGCCUGCAAGACGGGCGACAUUGCCAAAGUAAAGAAGCUGAUAACGCCACAGACUGUGAAUGCGAGGGACACAGCGGGACGCAAAUCCACGCCAUUGCAUUUUGCAGCGGGCUAUGGAAGGCGGGAAGUGGUGGAGUUUCUGCUUAACAAUGGCGCCUCCAUACAGGCCUGCGACGAGGGCGGUCUGCAUCCUUUGCACAACUGCUGUAGUUUCGGGCAUGCGGAGGUGGUGCGCCUGCUGCUGAAGGCCGGAGCGAGUCCGAACACCACAGACAACUGGAACUACACGCCGUUGCAUGAGGCAGCCAGCAAGGGGAAGGUGGAUGUCUGCAUUGCCUUGCUCCAGCAUGGAGCGAAUCAUACGAUCAGGAAUUCCGAGCAGAAAACGCCGCUCGAUCUGGCCGAUGAAAAUACACGACCGGUGCUAACGGGCGAGUAUCGCAAGGACGAGUUGCUGGAGGCGGCCCGUUCCGGUGCCGAGGACCGGCUGUUGGCGCUACUCACGCCUCUAAAUGUGAAUUGCCAUGCCAGCGAUGGGAGGCGAUCGACUCCACUCCAUUUGGCUGCGGGCUACAAUCGGAUUGGCAUUGUGGAGAUACUGCUGGCGAAUGGCGCCGAUGUGCAUGCCAAGGAUAAGGGAGGACUCGUGCCGCUGCACAAUGCCUGCUCGUAUGGCCACUUCGAUGUAACCAAACUGCUGAUACAGGCCGGCGCCAAUGUGAAUGCCAACGAUCUGUGGGCCUUUACGCCCCUCCAUGAGGCUGCCUCGAAGAGCCGCGUCGAGGUCUGCAGUCUGCUGCUUAGUCGUGGCGCUGAUCCCACGCUUCUCAACUGCCACAACAAAUCGGCCAUCGAUGCAGCGCCCACGCGUGAGCUGCGUGAGCGUAUUGCAUUCGAAUACAAGGGCCACUGUCUGCUGGACGCCUGCAAGAAAUGCGAUGUCUCGCGUGCCAAAAAACUCAUCUCUGCCGAAACUGUGAACUUUGUUCAUCCCUAUACGGGCGAUACGCCACUCCAUUUGGCUGUUAUCUGUCAGGACUCCAAACGCAAGCAGUUGGUGGAUCUGCUGGCGCGGAAGGGUGCUUUGCUGAACGAGAAGAAUAAGGCGUUCCUCACACCGCUCCAUUUGGCCGCGGAACUGUUGCACUACGACGCGAUGGAUUUGCUGCUGAAGAACGGAGCGAAGGUGAAUGCGCUGGACAGCUUGGGACAGACGGCGCUGCACAAAUGUGCUUGCGACGAGCAGGGAGUGCGUCUGUUGCUCUCCUAUGCGGUGGAUACGAGCAUUGUGUCGCUGGAGGGUUUGACGGCGGCGCAACUGGCAUCGGACAAUGUGCUGAAGAUAUUGAAGAAUCCACCGGACACCGAGACGCAUUUACUCGAAGCUGCCAAAGCGGGAGAUCUGGACACGGUGCGACGCAUUGUGCUGAAUAAUCCGCAUACGGUUAACUGCCGGGAUCUGGACGGACGCCACUCGACGCCUUUGCACUUCGCCGCUGGCUUCAAUCGCGUGCAAGUUGUCGAAUUCUUGCUGGAACACGGUGCAGAGGUGUAUGCCGCCGACAAAGGGGGUCUCGUGCCGCUGCACAAUGCCUGCUCCUAUGGACACUACGAGGUUACGGAGCUGCUGGUGAAGCAUGGCGCGAAUGUGAAUGUCUCGGAUCUGUGGAAGUUUACGCCGCUCCACGAGGCGGCCGCCAAGGGGAAAUAUGACAUUGUGAAGCUGCUGCUGAAACACGGCGCCGAUCCUAUGAAGAAGAAUCGUGAUGGCGCCACCCCGGCCGAUCUUGUCAAGGAAUCCGAUCACGAUGUGGCCGAGCUAUUGCGUGGCCCCUCCGCUUUGCUGGAUGCGGCCAAGAAAGGUAAUUUGGCGCGCGUACAGCGUUUGGUGACGCCCGAAACCAUCAAUUGUCGGGACGCCCAGGGCCGCAACUCGACGCCCCUCCAUCUGGCUGCCGGCUAUAAUAAUUUCGAGUGCGCCGAGUAUUUGUUGGAGAAUGGUGCCGAUGUGAACGCGCAGGACAAGGGUGGUCUCAUACCCCUCCACAAUGCCUCCUCCUAUGGCCAUUUGGAUAUUGCCGCGCUGCUUAUCAAACACAAGACUGUGGUGAAUGCCACCGACAAAUGGGGCUUCACACCGCUCCACGAGGCUGCCCAGAAGGGACGCACCCAACUCUGUUCGCUGCUGCUCGCCCAUGGCGCCGAUCCCUAUAUGAAGAACCAGGAGGGCCAGACGCCCAUCGAGCUGGCCACUGCCGACGAUGUCAAGUGUCUGCUGCAGGAUGCCAUGGCCACCUCGUUGAGUCAGCAUGCGCUGAGCGCUUCCACGCAAUCGCUGGCCAGCAGCUCACCAACGCCAGCAACGGCAACAGCGACGGCCAACUCCACAGCUUCCAGCGCUACGGCCACAGCUGGCAACAACACUUCCACAUCCUGCAACGUGCUCUCACCCACGACCGAAACUGUAACGCUGCCAUCGGGCGCUUCUAUGACACUGAGUGUGCCCGUUCCCUUGCCCCUCUCCAGCUCCACACGCAUUAGUCCCGCCCAGGGGGCCGAGUCGCAUGGCGCCGAUAUGGCCGAGGAGGUGGUGCCGGAUGCAGAAUCGAUUACAAACGUUUCCGGGUUCCUCAGCAGCCAACAGCUGGAGCAUUUAAUAGAGCUGUUCGAGCGCGAACAAAUCACUCUCGACAUACUCGCCGAAAUGGGGCACGACGAUCUAAAACAGGUGGGCGUAUCCGCCUAUGGUUUUCGCCACAAGAUACUCAAAGGCAUCGCCCAGCUGCGUGCCACCACAGGCAUUGGCAACAAUGUGAAUCCCUGCACGCUGCUCGUUGACUUGCUGCCCGACGACAAGGAGUUUGUCGCCGUCGAGGAGGAAAUGCAGGCCACCAUACGCGAGCAUCGGGAUAAUGGCCAAGCCGGCGGCUACUUUAUACGCUACAACAUUGUGCGGGUUCAAAAGGUGCAGAAUCGUAAACUCUGGGAACGUUAUGCCCAUCGUCGCCAGGAAAUUUCCGAGGAGAACUUCCUGCAGUCGAACGAGCGCAUGCUCUUCCAUGGCAGCCCCUUCAUCAAUGCGAUCGUUCAGAAGGGAUUCGACGAACGCCAUGCCUAUAUUGGUGGCAUGUUCGGUGCUGGCAUUUAUUUUGCCGAGCACAGCUCGAAGAGCAAUCAGUAUGUCUAUGGCAUUGGUGGCGGUAUUGGAUGUCCCUCACACAAGGACAAAUCCUGUUAUGUCUGUCCCAGACAAUUGCUGCUGUGUCGCGUGGCGCUGGGGAAAUCCUUUCUACAGUAUAGCGCUAUGAAAAUGGCGCAUGCACCACCAGGACACCAUUCGGUCAUUGGUCGACCAUCGGCUGGUGGACUGCACUUUGCCGAAUAUGUCGUCUAUCGGGGUGAACAGUCUUAUCCGGAAUAUUUGAUAACCUAUCAAAUAGUGAAGCCCGAUGACAGCAGCAGCGGCGCUGAGGAAACGAGAUGAUGGAUGCCGUCUGUUGGUUCAACGCCCACAACAACAUCGCCAGCACAGCAGCAACAGCCACAGCAGCAGCAGCAGCAACAACAACAACAGACCUCAACGCCAAUGCCAACAAUAAUAACAACAACAACAGCAGCAGCAGCCACAACAACCACCAAUAAGCAGCGACACAAGCCACAAAGCAAGCAACAGCCAGCACUGCCUCUGCAAUUGCAGUAUCAACACUAUAAGCCACAGCAGCAGCAGCAACAGCAGCAAGCCGGUGGCGCUGGGGCAGCAGCAGCCGCAGCACCGCCUGGCUCAACGGUGGCUCAAGUGACCACCACACAGCCGACGCCGGCGGGCGUUUUUACGCACAACCAACACAACAACAAUGCGCACAACAAUGGCGGCGAUAUAUCGCCGAUAUCCUCUAGCAAUUCCUACUCCUCGGUGGACACAAAUCAGACGCUGCUCAAUUCGAUUGCCAAUCAACAGCAACAAAAACAGAAACGCGUUCGCAACAACAAAUAUAGUCAAUUCAUGUUCAUAACGCCGGCCGUUUCGAUAGAUCGCGACUUUGAAUAUGCCUCGAACGGCUGCGAUUUGGACUUCGAGGACUUUGCGAAUGCGGCCCACAACAAUGGGAAUCUGUUUCGUGUGGGCCUGCGACGCAGUGGCAGCAGCAUCGACAGCGGCAACAGCAGCAGCGACAGCUCCUUUCGUUCCAAUUACAAUUCCUACUUGCAUCACAGUCGCCAGCAUUUGUUGCCAAAGCGCGGGGGCGGCGCCCAUCACUUCUACACCUUCUCGUCCUGGCGUUGGUGCACGCUGAUUUGUGCGGCUAUGCGUUGUUUUGGCGCUGGCCACAGCUCCCAUGCCGCUACCUACAGCAGCUCCUUUGUCCGCGGCGGCGGCGGCGGCGGAGGAGGUGGAACUUCUAGCAAUGCGCCACAUUAUCGGCUGCGUCGCUGCUCCUCCACCUAUAACACGGAUAAUGCCUAUGAACAUUUUGCGGCGCCCUUCAAGGCCCGCAAGACACGCGAUCAUAUGAACAACAUCACCUAUGAAUUGUGACGGUGGUGGUGGCCGCCUAAGUCUAAGUGCUUUGAAUUAAUUUUUGAUCUCCAUGUCGCCGUCUCUAUUAGUUUUAACUCUAAAGAUCACCACCAUAUGCGUUGGCGUAGUAGGUUCGUUAUCCAAAUAUUGAUACUAAUAAUAAUUCUAUUUCUAUUUCGCUCUUUACUAAUAAUUCAAUUCUUCUUAGCUAUAAAUGUUAGAAAUUCAAUGUCGUUGUUGUCGUCAUUUAUUCUCUAGCCACUAAGCAUAUAGCGCGUAUUGGAUAAAUCAAAAGUGCGAGACUAGCUUCUAAGAACGAAUCGAACGAAUUGCAAAUUCCGAACCGAAAUCCUGGCAAAAAGAAAAGCGCAUUUCCUUCACUCUUCUUGCAGUUGUAUUGAUUGACAAACAAAAGUGAUUUUAAAUUCAAAUGACUUGCAAAUGAUUAAUAAUAAUAAUAAUUAUAACAAUUAA